GAAGUCCCUCCAAGCCCUUGAGUGGAGCAGAGACGAUCUUGCUGAAGCUUGAGAAUCAUUCAAAUCGGGUCGACUGGAGGGUACUCGCCAUGACAAACUUUCGCAAUCUGAUGCAAACAGCCAAACACGUCCUCUUCGCUAUCCCAGUAGCCAUUACCGUAAACGACAGCGUUGUCAGCACUGCUUGCAUCGAAGGCGGGUCCAUGCAACCGGUCUUGAAUCCCAAGGGAUCGACUACAAGGGACAGGGUUCUCCUCGACAAAUUUACCAUCCGCAUGGCAAGGUACAAACGAGGAGAUGUCUGCCUCCUCAAGAGCCCGGACAAGCCAAACUCGUGGAUCGUCAAGCGCCUGAUUGCGCUGGAGGGCGACAAGGUCAAGACAGACUCGCAGGGGAUCGUUCCGGUCCCUCAAGGCUUCUGCUGGAUCGAGGGCGACAACGAAGAUAACAGCAUCGAUAGCAAACAGCUCGGUCCUGUUCCCCUCGCUCUCAUCCAUGGGCGAGUAACGCAUGUCUUUUGGCCUCUGAACCGCGUUGGCAAGGUACAAAGGGUCUUUCCAAAGGAGAGAGUAUUGAUAGGAUAUCACCAUCCAUGGCCAUGAAACACAUGAACCGCAUUGCACUGAUG